AUGGACCCCGUCGUACCUCCUCCUCGCACAAACUCGGACCGCCCGGCUCUCGAGCGCAGCCGCUCCUUCAACGAGCUGCGGCAGGCGCUCGAGACUUGGCGCCGCCUGCCGACCAUCACGGCCUUCAAGCGCGCCGACGACAAGACGGUCAAGGUCCAGGUGCUCGAGCACAGGGUCUGGUCGGACCUGGAGGAGCGCCGUGCGUGGCAAGAGGCGUUCCUCAUCGUCAACAAACGCGUGAGCUCGCUCAGCAAGACCGUCGAGCUGGCCGACGCCUCGAGGUUCAAGGUCGGGCCCGCUCAGUUCGCCAAGACCGACAACUGGAUGUCGACGAUCCCGGUCGCGCUCGUCCUUCUCGAGUACGACAUCCUCUGGCUCGAGAACGCGCAUGGCUCAGGCACCCACAGCCCUGCCGCGUUCGCGAAGCUCGUCCAGUCGCUCGGCCUCGUCACUGCCUCGUGCCACGUGGGCCCGCUCAUGAUCUGGCUCAAGCAGCACGCCCCCGUCGCCGGCGCCCUCUGGGUCGCCAUGUUCGAGUGGUACAAGCGCAUGCGCUCGGCCGCCGUCGAGCAGAACGACAACUGGGCGCGCAAGCUCUCGGUCCUCGAGCUGCACGGCGAGAGCCCCGGCUGGCACGACUAUGUGCACCGCCUCGACCUCGAGCUCGCGGGCGACCGUCUUCGCGGCGGGCCGGCGCUGUACCCGCACCGCGGCGACUUUUUCCAGGCCACCGAGGUCGUCGUCGAGCCGACCAUGACCGACUUGUACGUCGCCCUGCACCCCGACAAGGCUGCCCUGCUCACCGAGGCUCGCGGGGAGUGUCCUACCACGCCUCGCUCGCCGCACCGCGUCAUGGCGCGCAAGGUCUGGGCCCACGUCCCGAGCGUCUUCAAGCGCAUGCCCUAG